AUGGCUGCUAGCAAGAAGAAUUUCUAUUUUCUUUCGUGGAAUUUAAUUUCUUCCAUUAACAAUCCGUUGGAUCUCACGCAAGGAAAUGAAGUCAUCGAAAUCACUAUUCGAGAUAUCGAUAGUUGUCGACGGUUAGGUCAUUAUACAAUUCCAGUCGUUCAGUCAGGACAACCAUUUACAUCGCUGAAAAUCAAUUUAUUAUAUCAAAAAGAUUUGGUUGUAGAAACAUUCAAAAACAUUUGUGCCACGAUUGAAAUCUAUCGUGGAAUUGAACGUCGACUUAUUUUUACAAAUUGUCUCAUACUGCCCGGACCUUGUUUCAUGGAUCGCACCGUUGUUCCAGUACCGAUCUAUCGCAUAUGGCAUAUAGACGAUUACAUCCGCAUGAUCCUUGGAAAUGUGCUUUUCUAA